GCCGCGCGCAACCGAGGGCCCGGGUUCUGGAAGCCGACGGCUGCUCCACAGACCAACGCGGCCGAGCGGAGCGCACCUCGGGCUGGCAGGACCAUGGCGCUGCUCCCGAACCCUGCAGGACUCUGGCUGGCGGUGGCUCUGGCCGUGGCGAUAGGCCUGAGCCCGGGCAUGGCAGGGCCGUGGCAGGACUGCACGGGUGCCCAGUGCCCACUGCUGGAGAACUGCAUCGAGGAGGCACUGGAGCCAGGCGCAUGCUGCUCCACCUGCGUGCGGCACGGCUGCACCUGCGAGGGCUACCAGUACUAUGACUGUGUGCAGGGUGGCUUUGUGGAUGGCCAGGUGCCUGCUGGGCAGUCCUACUUCGUGGAUUUCGGCAGCACCGAGUGCUCCUGCCCGCCAAGCGGUGGCAAGAUCAGCUGCCAGUUCAUGCUGUGCCCUGAGCUGCCGCCCAACUGCAUCGAGGCUGUGGUGGCGGCUGAUAGCUGCCCCCAGUGUGGUCAGGUGGGCUGUGUCCACUCUGGCCGGAAGUACCCUGCCGGCCACACUGUCCACCUGUCUGCCUGCCGGGCAUGCCACUGCCCUGACGCUGGUGGGGAACUCAUCUGCUAUCAGCUUCCUGGCUGCCAUGGGAACUUCUCGGACACUGACGAAGGGGACUCUGAGCGACACUAUGAAGACCCCUACAGCUAUGACCAGGAGGUGGCUGAGGGGGAGGCUGUGUCGGCACUGGUGGCUGAGGCCCAGGCAGGGGCAGGGGUUCCCCCAGCUGCCCUGGGAGGUGGCAUCCAGCUGCUGUCUACCAUGCAGGCGACUCCCUGGCCAGCAGCCCUACCCCGGCCGACAGCAGCUGCUGCCUUGGGUCCCCCUGCUCCUGUGCAAGCCAAAGCCAGGAGAGUGACAGAGGACACUGAAGAGGUGGAGGAAGAGGAGGAGGAGGAGGAGGAAGAAGAGGAGGAAGAAGAGGGGGAAGAGGAAAGGGAGGGGACGGAGGGAGGAGAGGCAGUAGUCACUGAACAGCCAGCAGCAGGUGACCCCCAAGUGCCGCCCACCAUGGCUCCAGCCAGGCCCAGCCUUGCUGUCCAGGAGAAGGGGGAAGAAGCCAAGGCAAGGCCUGAGGAGAACCUCAUCCCGGAUGCACAGGCCACCCCUCGCAGUGCUGGGCAGGAAGGCCCCCAGCCCCUGCCUGGGUCAGGCCCAGCCCAUGGCAUCCCCUCCUGGGCUACACUGAGCCCUCCCAAGGGUCCUGUCAAACCCACCACCGACCCGAUCCCUGCCAUGCCACUGCACAAGGAGGCCCAGGUCCUGCCCACGCUAGUUGUGCCCAACCCCCAGCCAGUUGCACCCCGUUCCCAGGCAGAGGAGGAUGCAGAUCCCAACUCUGUCCAUUCUGUCCCCAGGAGCAACCCUGAAGGCUCCACCAAGGACCUGAUCGAGUCAUGUUGUGCGGCCGGGCAGCAGUGGGCCAUUGACAACGAUGAGUGCACAGAGAUGCCGGAGAGUGGCGCUCAGGGCGAUGUGUGCAGGACUGCCCAGAGGCACUGCUGCGUAUCCUACCUGAAGGAGAAGAGCUGCGUGGCCGGUGUGCUGGGAGCCAAGGAGGGUGAGGCCUGUGGGACAGAGGACAAUGACACCUGCAAUGUGUCCCUGUACAAGCAAUGUUGUGACUGUUGUGGCCUGGGGCUCCAUGUGAGGGCUGAGGGCCAGGCAUGUGAGUCCAACCCCAACCUGGGCUACCCUUGCAACCAUGUCAUGCUUUCCUGCUGUGAGGGCGAGGACCCCCUCAUCGUGCCUGAGGUCCGCCGGCCUCCCGAGCCUGAGGCUGCGCCACGCAGAGUUUCAGAGCCAGAGAUGGGAAGCCGGGAGGCCCUGUCAUUGGGCACGGAGGCCGAGCUGCCCAACAGCCUGCCAGGUGAUGAUCAGGACGAGUGCCUGCUGCUGCCGGGCGAGCUGUGCCAGCACCUGUGCAUCAACACUGUGGGAUCCUACCGCUGUGCCUGCUUCCCAGGCUUCUCGCUGCAGGACGACGGCCACACCUGCCGCCCAGACAGGACUGUGCCACAGCCAGAGCCCACACGGGAGUCUGCAUCAGGACCUGAGCUAGCCCAGGUGGUCCCCAACACCAUCCCGCUGCCCUUGCCACAGCCCAACACCUGCAAAGACAACGGACCCUGCAGGCAGGUGUGCAGUGUCAUUGGGGGCUCAGCCAGGUGCUCCUGCUUCCCCGGCUAUGCCAUCAUGGCGGAUGGCGUGUCCUGUGAAGACCAAGACGAGUGCCUGUUGGGCACUCACGAUUGUAGCCGGCGCCAGUUCUGUGUGAACACCUUGGGAUCCUUCUCCUGUGUCAACCACACAGUGCUCUGCGCUGAGGGCUAUAUCCUCAACGCGCACAGGAAGUGCGUGGACCUCAAUGAGUGCGUGACAGACCUGCACACCUGCAGCCGGGGCGAACACUGCGUGAACACGCUGGGCUCCUUCCGCUGCUACAAGGCCCUCACCUGCGAGCCAGGCUUUGUUCUCAAGGAUGGGGAGUGCCUAGAUGUGGACGAGUGUGCGAUGGGCUCACAUACCUGCCAGCCUGGCUUCUCGUGCCAGAACACCAAGGGUUCCUUCUACUGCCAGGCCCGGCAGCGCUGCAUGGAGGGCUUCCUGCAGGACCCUGAGGGCAACUGCGUGGACAUCAAUGAGUGCACGUCACUACCCGAGCCCUGCCGUCCUGGCUUCAGCUGCGUCAACACAGUGGGCUCCUACAGGUGCCAGAGGAACCCGUUGGUGUGCAGGCAUGGGUACCACGCCAGCGCGGAUGGCGAGCAGUGCGUAGAUGUGAACGAGUGCGCUACAGGCGUGCACCGCUGCGGCGGUGAGGGGCAAAUCUGCCACAACCUUCCUGGCUCCUACCGCUGUGACUGCAAGGCCGGUUUCCAGCGGGACGCCUUUGGCCGCUCCUGCAUCGACGUGAAUGAAUGCUGGACCUCGCCAGGCCGCCUGUGCCAGCACACGUGCGAGAACACGCUGGGCUCCUACCGCUGCUCCUGUGCCACCGGCUUCCGGCUGGCUGAGGAUGGCAAGCACUGCGAAGAUGUGAACGAAUGUGAGAACCAGCGCUGCAGCCAGGAGUGUGCCAACAUCUACGGCUCCUACCAGUGCUACUGCCGCCAGGGCUACCAGCUGUCAGAAGACGGGCACACCUGCAUAGACAUUGAUGAAUGUGCGCAGGCCGCUGGCAUGCUCUGUGCCUUCCGAUGCCUCAAUGUACCCGGAAGCUACCAGUGUGCAUGCCCGGAGCAGGGCUAUACCAUGAUGGCCAAUGGCAGGUCCUGCAAGGACCUGGACGAGUGUGCUUUGGGCACACACAACUGCUCAGAGGCGGAGACCUGCCACAACCUCAAGGGCAGCUUCCGCUGCCUACGUUUCGAGUGCCCUCCCAACUAUGUCCGGGUGUCUGAAAUGAAGUGUGAGCGCACCACAUGCCACGACCUAGUGGAGUGCCAGAACUCUCCCGCGCGCAUCACCUAUUACCAGAUCGACUUCCAGACCGGCAUGCUGGUGCCCGCACACAUCUUUCGCAUUGGCCCCUCGCCAGCUUUUGCGGGCGACACCAUCUCGCUGACCAUUACCAGGGGCAACGAAGAAGGCUACUUCCGCACUAGCCGGCUCAACGCCUACACGGGCUUGGUCUUGCUGCAGCGGCCGGUGCUGGAGCCCCGGGACUUCGCCCUGGAUGUGGAGAUGAAGCUGUGGCGCCAGGGCUCCGUCACCACCUUCCUAGCCAAGAUGCACAUCUUCUUCACCGCCUUUGCGCCCUAGGCCCGGGGCUUUCACGCCCUUGAGCGCUCCACGUGCCUACGCGCGGUCUUGAACUCUGUAAAUUAAAUUAGCCCUUGGUGUCUGGGUUUCUCCUGCACCCCAAUGGCAGGAGCUUAUUAGCAGGAGGUCCAUCUCCUGUGGGUACCCGUGGAAGUUUGAGUCACCGUGGUGCCCUGCAGGUGGUGACGGAGGUCAGGAUGAUGAUUGCAGAUCAGAACACAGCGACCAUGUUGGGGCUUCUGGACUCGACUGGAUGACCCGGCCCCACAGUUGACCUUCUGUGACAUGAUCCACUGUGAUUAGUUCUCUACUUUUUAAAAAAUCAUUUUAAAGGGUUUUUUAUUGUUUAAUUAUAAAAAUAGCACAUGUUCACUGUA